AUGCCACGCAAACAGUCGGGGGAAGUGGAGGGCCCAGCCAAGGGCAAAGCAGAGGAAGGAGAGCAGCCCCCUAAAGAAGACGGCAAGUCCAAAGGCAGCAGAAGCCCUGGUUCUGAAUCACGGCGAAGCACCCAGUCUGGCCAAGGGCGCAAGCACAGCAAGAAGCAUCAAGCUGACCCCUAUGCAGCUGCUAUUAAGACCUACUCGCCUUUCCUCAACACCGUCUUUGGCAAGGAGAGGGAGCUUUCCCCAGAAGAAGUGGAUGAACUGCUAGAUGCCUUCAAGGAGUUUGACACUGACCAGGAUGGCUACAUCAGUUACAAAGACCUGGGAGAAUGCAUGAGAACCAUGGGCUACAUGCCAACUGAGAUGGAGCUCAUUGAAAUCUCCCAACAUAUCAAAAUGCGCAUGGGAGGGCGUGUGGACUUUGAUGAUUUUGUAGAGAUGAUGGGCCCAAAGCUACGUGAGGAGACAGCUCACAUGGUGGGCAUAAGGGAACUGAAAAUCGCCUUCCGUGAGUUUGACACAGAUGGAGAUGGAUCCAUUAGUGGGGCAGAGCUGCGCCAGGCUGUGACUGCCCUACUAGGAGAGCAACUCAAGGCCCAGGAGGUGGAUGAGAUGCUGAAGGAUGUUGAUCUCAAUGGUGAUGGAAGUGUGGACUUUGAUGAAUUUGUGAUGAUGCUAUCAAUCAGGUAA